AUUUAUUAAUAGGCAUAAACCCCACACGCAGCUGAUAUAACCUCAAUUUCUUUUCAUGUAGAGAAAACCAUAAAAAAUGAAAUUGUUGCGAAAUUUUGGGUUUAUUUUGCGUGGAUUUGAGGUAAAAUUUAGUACGAAUGCCCGUCGUGAGGUUUUACCAGAUGAAGAUGUAACCACCAGAUUGCUGAAAGUAGCAGUGAUUGGGGUCCCCAAUGUAGGCAAAAGUACAUUCAUUAAUAAUUUGAUGGAUAGAAAGGUUUGUCCCACAUCAUCCAAAGUUCACACCACAAGGGUUAAAUCACAGGCCAUUUUCACAGAAGGGGACUCCCAAAUUGUCUUUUUAGACACUCCAGGUCUCGUUAGUUUACAGGAAUUUAAAAAAUUUAACUUAGAAAAAAGUUUCAUGAAAGAUAGUAAAUCGAGUUUACAAGAAGCCGACAUUAUUGGAGUUAUACACGACGCCAGCAACGUGUGGACCAGACACAAAUUAGACCUUAAAGUUAUUAGAUUAUUAGAGGAUCACAAAAACAAAUCUAGUUUUUUAGUUUUUAACAAAGUUGAUAUAAUUCGGUCAAAACGUAAACUUCUGGAUUUGACUCGAAUAGUCACGGAGAACUGCAUAAACGGGAAGCCUAUACCUGGUACUAAACCCCUCAAAAAUAAAGAUACGAAAGGAUGGCCCCACUUCCAAGACAUAUUUAUGACUUCGGCGUUAACAGGCGACGGCUUAGCACAAGUUAAAACUUAUCUCAUUAAAAAUGCAAAGCCGGAUCAUUGGUUGUUCCCGGCAGAGAUUUGGUCAGAUCAGACGGCCGAAGAAAUUAUAACAAAAAGCGUGAAAGCGAAAUUACUGGAUUUUCUGCCCCAGGAAAUUCCAUAUACACUUAAACCCGAAUUAGAGUUCUUUAAUGUCAACGAGAAAGGUGUAACGACAGCGAUAAUCCUAGUCCACUGCCCCAGCCAACGCAUCUCCAAACUCGUAGCCGGCGAAAGCGACGGAAAACUGCGCCAGAUCACCGCAAGCCUCCAAAACGACCUCCAAGAAACCUUUCACAACUACGUCAGACUAAAAAUUGUUCUCCAGGCUCCACCAGACAAAAAGUAAACAAUUAAUAUCACAAUCUUUACUUAAAGAUACGCCCCCCAUCCUAUGUACAUUUGACACAAAUUGUCAAGACUUAUAGCUUCAUUGAUCAAACUGUUAGCUUGUCCUUCAAUCGACAACGGAAUAGACAAUGAGCGAUC